AUGCCGUCCAAGAGACCUGUCUGGGAGGGCGUUGACGGUGGUCCAGAGCUCGUCGUCGUCGUCAUCUCCCAGUCGCCACCCUCCUAUACCUUCAAACUCUCUUUCAGGCCCGAUGCUGGGGAUCAGACCGGGUCCACGCUCGCUUGCAGAGAGCGAGGACAGUGCGCUCACGGAACUGCGUCGACGGCGGUGGCGGAUAGAGGAGCGCAGAGGCGAAGACGAUUGAGAGUAAGGAAGAGUCUUGGUGGCGUUUCUCGAGGCGGCGAGACGCUGCUGCAAGGAGGCUGUGCCUCGGCCUGCGAGGGAUUGGGGGACGACGGAGAGGGCGAUGUCAAGGUACACAACAAUGACGCGGAGGAUGAGGACGGAGAAGGCGAGGGUGGUGGUGAGACCGGCCAGGAUAGCAAGAGGUAUCGUUACGAAGAGUAG